UAGUUUUGUUUUAAAUAACCAUUUUCUAUAAUCAAGUUGAAGAAUAAAAAAAAUUGGAGGUAAUUAGUGCAAAUACGUAUGGUAAUAACAAACGAUGGUCACUCCAAGGAAUGGCCGCUCUUGUCACGGGUGGCACUAGAGGCAUCGGGUAUGUACCAAGUAAAAACCUGUAUAUAAAAUACUCGUGCUAAUUAUAUUUUACAUAUAUUAACGGGGUGCCUAUUUGUUAUACAAGUAUUUACAUAUUAGUACCUUGGAGUUUAAUUCAAUUGUAUUUUUUUUAUUUUUUUUAUUUUUUUGUGACGGGAGUUCAAUUGUUUGAUUUUAAUUUUAAUUUGCAUAAAUGAUCAAAAGUUAUUAUAAUUUUUGUAUUUAAAUAGAAAACUGAGUAUUGGAAUAUCAAUUUUCUUAAGUAAUUCAAGUAUAUAUUUAUUUUAUACACUACCUCCGUUAAUUAUUAUGUGCAACAAAGGGGUAUUAUUUGUGAGACAUAAAAUAUUACUUUGUUGCACGUAAUAAUUAACGGAGGUAGUAUAUAUGCAGGCAUGCUAUUGUAGAGGAGCUUGCAGGACUAGGAGCAAUUGUACAUACAUGUGCUAGGAAUGAAGCUGAUCUUGAUGCUUGCUUGUUAGCUUGGAAGGCAAAGGGUUUGCCGGUAAUUGGCUCAGUUUGACUAUUCUGUCCGUCAAUUGGCUCGAUAUAUCUAAUAUAUGAUAUUAUUUGUACCCUUAGACGGGAAGGAUAUUCAAAGCUAGAGUUGGUUGUAUUUUUGGCCCUAAGAAUUUGCAAUAAGUUAAAGUGUGAUGAAGAUGUAGGCAGCUAAUGCAGAUGGUUACUCCAAGGGAUAUCUGACCUAAUCACUGGCGAUACUAAAGGCUAAUUUCGAAGCAAUUGUGAUUUAUGCAGGCAUGCUAUUGCAGAGGAGCUAGUUGGACUAGGAGGAAAUGAAUUCGAACCUGAUACUUGCUUGCUAGAUUGGAGAUUUGGAGGGCUAAAGGUAUACUUGUAAGUUGAAUAACAUUGUAUGAGCAUUCGAGCUAUUAAUUUAACGACAAUAAGUUUAGUCGAAGGGUUUAGUUGUUUUUUUUUUCACCUCUAAUUUAACCAUAAAUGGUAGCCCACUAUUAAGAUUUGCAAAUUAAUCCACUCAAAAAUUCAACUUUGGCGCAAAACUCAAAAAUUCAUCAUCACCUCAAAAACUUUACUCUCUUCUCUUUCCCCCCCAAAAACUCACUGAAUCACUCUCUCUCUCUAAUGGCGGACAUUGAACCUCCAUCAUUCUCCUUAGGCCUUGACUUAGACUUCGACUUGGAACCUUCUCACAACCCUCCGCCGGAAAAACCUCCGACCCACAAAAACGCCGCCGCAAUUGAUCCCAAACAAAAAGGAAAACAAAAGGUAAACGAAUUAGAAGACGUUGAAUUUGAGUUGCGGGUUUCCGAUUCCGAACCCGAAUCGCCGGAAAAAUCUCCCCAGAAUCGAUUCCGGCGUCUUCGUCGUGGUGUUCCCUCCUCUUACAAGCCCAUUUCUACCCCCAUUUCGAAUUCUAUUGAUGAUGAUAUUGAGGACUUUUCUGAUGAGGAAAUUGCUCGAACAAAUAAUCUUGUGGCACCUCAACACCAUUCUUCUUGUAGCAGUUCAAAGUUACCCUUAUCUGGAUGUGGGAUCUUGACGAGACAACAGGAAAAUGCUAAACAUAAUAGAAAAGGGAAACAGGAUUCGAGUUGUCCUUCUACAAGUUUAGGUUCAAGCAAGGGAAAAAAUUUGUUUUCAGACUUAACUGCAAGCCCCCUAAGAAGGUUUCAGCUAAUUGAUUCUGAAUCAGAUCCUGAUCAUCCAUCAGAUGUAUGCACUGAGAGGAAAGCUUGCGGGGUUGGCCUUCCGAAUAGCAAUAAACAAAAAGAAUACAAUAUUCAAGCAGGAUUCAAGCUACUUGAUUCCGUAUCAGAUCCUGAUAAUCCAUCAGAUGCUCACAAUGACAGAGACACUAGCACAGUCAACUUUACAAAAAACGAUAAACCAGAAGAAUACAAUAUUCAAGAAAGAUUCAAGCUACUUGAUUCUGAAUCAGACUCUGAUAAUCAAUCAGAUGGUGAACGCAUUGACAGGGAAUCUAGUGGGGCUGAUUUUUCCAAAAACAAUAAACAGAAAGAAUCCAGCCAUGGAAGUCACAGAAAAUCCCUUGGCAAAAAUGUAGAUUUGCAGCCUCACAUUUCACAGCAGCAGGAUUUGUGGAAAGAUUUUUGUACUAGUGAUAAGUCUAGUGUACAAACUCCGGUUUUUGAUGAAUUCUUUACUGAAUAUUUUCAAUCUCUAAAAUCAACAAAACCAGCCCCAGGUUCUCGCAAGCUGUGCUCAAGUGAACAGGAAAUAAGCAUGAACAACGCCAAUAAUAUAUUCCAGAACCAAAAUUCAGGAUCUGCUGUUCCUCCAUCUCACCAUUACUUUUACCAUAAUGAUUUGAGGAUCCAGAGAUUAAUCCGUAGUCGUUUACCUUACUUUUUCCCAUUGACUGUUACUGAUGCAGGGUCGAAAUCACAUGCGUCAUCUAUAGAUUACAUGAGUCAAUUUGGUCAGGAUGGUGGUAAACGGCAAACUAGCAGACAAGUCACUUUAGAGAAAAGCUCCAAAAGGGGAAGAAAGAAAUCUAAGAACUCGGGUAUAGAAGGAACAUCACUUGGUUCUGGAGACUGGAUUAACCCUAAACAGACAGCUAGCACUCCAAAAGAUGCUGGCAGGAGAAGGGUUCAUGCUGAUGGCCAAUCUGCUGGUCGGUGGCUUGUAGCAGAAAAUGGAAGGAAGGUGUAUAUCAAUAAAAAUGGACAAGAACUGACAGGUCAAAUUGCCUACAGACAAUACAGAAAGGAGAGUGGAAGAAGUUUUAAGAAGACUAAAAAGAAGGGUGCUACGAAGAAAAAGUGAAAGUUUCAAGCUGCUGAGAUAGUUAUGUAGAAUACUAGAAUUAGUCUUCUCUGUGAUCUUUCCUCUUUUAACAAAAGAUAGUCAUGUUCUUGAGUUUUUAAUGUACUAAUUACUGUCAUUUUAGUCAGUAUGCCUGUGAAUAAGAUAAAAACAUUACUCAUAUGUUGCAGUUUUGUAUAAUAGAGCUAUUUUUUGUUGGUACAACUGUUCAUUCAAUUCUGAAAGCUACAAACAUCUCUGGAGUCUGGACUGA